AUGAAGUACCUGGGUUUAGUCCUAGACUCCAGGUGGUCCUUCACGCCCCACUUCCGCAGAUUGGCACCAAAGCUAAAAAAGACGGCCAUGGUUCUUGGACGCCUCCUGCCCAACUUGGGGGGUCCGGGAUCCGCCUGCAGGAGACUUUAUGCGGGGGUCCUUCAAUCCAUGGCCCUCUAUGGAUUGAAGGACCCCCGAUCCCCUAUGGCUCCUGUCUGGGCGGAUAAUCUCAAUGCGCAGAGAAGAGCCUUAUUGAGGAGUCCGCAGCGAACAAUGGCCCUGCGGAUGAUUCGCGGUUACCGGACGGUGGCCACCGAAGCGGCGUUUGCAUUAGCCGGUACCCCUCCAUGGGACCUGGAAACCCGUGUGCAUGCGGAAAUCUACUCCCGCACUGCAGCAGCAAAGGAAAGAGGGGAACGGGUGCCACCAGAUCUGGCAGCCCAAUGGCGUCGCCAAGCGCGAAUGCUGAUAAUGCGCACCUGGCAAGACCAAAUGGCAUCUCCAACUGCCGGUCACAGAGUUGUUGCAGCAAUUCAGCCAGUACUGGAGGAUUGGGUGGCGCAGCGUAAUGGGACUCUCUCCUACCGGAUGGUGCAGAUGCUGACAGGACAUGGGUGUUUCGGUCACUACCUGCAUCAUACGGCCAGACGGGAGCCAACGCCUCAGUGCCAUUACUGUACGGAGGAGGACGACACGGCGCAGCACACGCUCGUUGCCUGCCCAGUCUGGGUCGCACAACGGGCAGGACUCUGCGCCGCUAUAGGACCAGACCUGACACUCCCGGACAUAAUAAGAGCACUAGUCCGGUCGAGAGAAGCCUGGCAGGCGGUCUCUACUUUCUGCGAGUCUAUCAUGACGCAGAAGGAGGCCGCUGAGAGAAAUCGGGAAGCCGAUGAAGCUGCUGACCCAAUAAGGAGAAGACGCGGAGGACGAAGACGCGCUCAACAUGAGCGUCAACUCCCGCCAUAA